AUGGAUGAAACAGUAUAUCAAAUUAAAGCAAUUAUAGUAUUGGAUAAUAAUGGUAAAAGAUUAUGUAGUUGUUUCUAUGAUCCACCCGGCACCCCAAUAACUCCACUCACUGAAAAGGAUAAAUUUGAGAAAUUAAUAUUUGAAAAGUGUAAAACAUCGAAUUGUGAAUUAGAAAUAAUAGAUAAUAAAGUUGUUAUUGGAUCAAAACAAAGUGAUGUUUGGAUAUUUGUUGUUGGAAAUUCAUUAAAUUCAAAUGAAUUAGCAUUAUUGGACGUUUUAAAUACAUUAAUAUCAUUAUUUAAAAAGGCAUGUGCAACUGAUGAAUCAAUUAUGAUAACCAAAAAAACAUUUUUAGAAAAUUAUGCUUUAAUUAGAUUAUAUAUUGAUGAAAUUGUUAGUGAUGGAAUUAUUUUUGAAGUAGAUGAAGAAACAAUUUUAAAUAGAGUUCCAAUUGCUGAUAAUGCAGCCCAAUCACUUAAUGAAGCAAUUGAAAUGGCAAAAGAAAAGGCAAAAGGAUUUGGAUUUGGAUUCUUGUAA